AUGUUAGCAUCUGCUUUGCUGAUGUUCGUCAUAUGGCUCGACGAAACCUUGACACUUUUAACCGGAAUCAAAGUAGCUUGUCCCGGAAACAGUGUCAGCAAGAAUGUUCCAAUAGAGCCGAUCGAGGAAUCGAGACGCCGUCGUCUUCUGGUGGAAUCUACCUUCGAAUCACUUCACGGAACACAUUCAAUAGAGCUGGAGGUAAGCUCAACACGUAAAGUAUUAACUUUGCAGCAGCAAUUUAGCGUCAAAUAA